UUAGUUCAAUUAAUUGAAGUAUAUAAUUCACACAGCAAUGACUUUGCACUGUAAAAUUUUCAUACUAUCGAACGUAUUGUGGCUAACCGCUGCACUUAGAACGGAUGAUUGGCCCCCUCAAUUGAUUAUUGACAUGUUCGCCGAUAAGUUACAUCAAAUAAGACAAUGCCAAGAUGAGCAUAAUAUUGAUGCGCGCACAUUAAUUGAAUUUGAGGAAUCUUCUGAUUUGAAAAAUUUACCAAAUGAUCAGUCGUUAAAAUGCUUCAUGUUAUGCACAUACAAGGUAUUUAAACUUGUGGUUCCGGAUAGUCCAAAACUUCAAUUAGUGGAAUUUUUUGGUGCACUUUCUACCUUGGAAUAUGACGCUCGAACCAUUUAUUUGAAAAUGGCGUCAGGGUGCAAGUUACGGUCAAAAGAUAUGUGCGAAGCAGUAUAUCAAGUCAAUGUUUGCAUGAAAAAGAAUUAUAAUGCUUACUACUAUUUAGUGGAUGGUUCGGAUUUUUGGAUUCAAAGAGCAAAGGCAAAGAGUUCAAAUACUAAUAAUAAUGUCACGCUAGUAAGUGAAGCAGUUUCACCGAGUGAAACAUGAACGAUUCGUUAUAAUUAGGUUACGAAGAGUAAAGACGCAUCGUCAAGAUAAUUUAUCAAAAUUAUGGCAACAGAAAUUGCGAUUAUGAAUCAGUAAUUCGAAAGUAUAAAACCAUUUAAUGUACUCAAAAUCAAUAAUUUCAAGUUUUUUUUCCACAAUUUUUUGUAAAAAUAAAUUUGGUGUGAUUUUAUGUUUCUCCUGUUUUAGUAAAGAAUGAAUAACAUAUAAAAGUGAGAGACAUUAAAUCAAUGCAGGGCGGCAUGUGAUUUUUCUUCAGAAAAUAGCAGAAAAAAGUGAUCAAAUUUGCCGAAAUAGUUGGUAUUCACAUUGAUUUAUAAAAAGUGACCGAAUAGUGAAAAAAAACAAACUCUAAAUCGUGAAUUUUGAGCACACGCUUUCUCUGUAGAGUUCGUUCAGGAACUCUUCGUUAAAUUUCACUAGUGACGAUUUUGACACACUUCUUUCAUAUAAAAUAUGUCAAAAUCUUCACUUUGG